AUGCUGCAGCAAGUGAUUCAUAGGGGAUUCAAGUCAUUUUUCUACAAACUGGGCUUAUUUGUCAGCAGGCACCCGGUGUUUUGUCUCACUGUUCCAAUAGUCAUUACCAUUAUUUUUGGUUACAGCUUCCUUCACCGGUACAGAAAGGAGACUGACUUGGAAUCUCUGGUGGCCCCAAGCCACAGCCUGGCCAAGAUAGAGAGGAGCUUGGCCAGCAGCCUCUUCCCCCUGGACCAGUCCAGAAAGCAGCUGUACUCUGACUUACAUACCCCUGGGAGAUAUGGCAGGGUGAUCCUGGUCUCUAAACCUGGUGGGAACAUUCUACUCCAGGCUGAGCAGAUACUUCACAUCCAUCGGGCUGUGCUGGAGAUGAAAGUCAACUAUGGGGUUUACAAUUACACCUUCUCACAUCUGUGUGUGUUGGGCAAUGAGGAGAAGAAAUGUGUGUUGGAUGAGAUUAUUUCAGUGCUAGAGGACCUCAGGCAGGCUGCGCUCUCCAAUAAGACAACAGCCAGGGUGCAAGUCAACUAUCCCAAGACUAAAUUAAAGGAUGGAAGACAAAGCUUCAUUGGACACCAGCUGGGAGGUGUUGCAGAAGUGCCAAACAGUAAAGAUCAAAGAGUCAAGUCAGCUAAGGCCAUCCAAAUCACAUACUACCUCCAGAAUUAUGGCUCUGCAACACAGGACCUUAUUAGUGAGCAGUGGGAAACAGAAUUUUGUACCCUACUGAGCCAUCUUCAAGAAGAGCAUCCAGAUAUCCAAAUGUAUACCUUGACAUCAUUUAGCCUUGUGAGAGACUUUCAGAAAACCAUUGACCUAUCCCGAAGUAAGAUUGUGGUGAGUCUAAUGUUGAUUCUUACGGCUGCCACCCUCUCCAGUUCUAUGAAAGACUGCCUUCGUAGCAAGCCUUUUCUUGGGUUAUUAGGAGCACUCACAAUCUGUAUCUCCAAUGUCACAGCUGCAGGGAUAUUUUUCGUCACUGAUGGAAGAUAUAACUCGACUCUGCUGGGAAUCCCGUUCUUUGCUAUGGGUCACGGCACCAAAGGAGUCUUUGAACUUCUUUCAGGAUGGCGCAGAACCAGAGAAAGUUUGCCUUUCAAGGACAGAGUGGCCGACGCAUACUCAGAUGUUAUGGUGUCAUAUACCAUGACAAGCUCUCUUUACAUCAUCACAUUUGGAAUGGGAGCCAGCCCUUUCACAAACAUUGAAGCUGUCAGGAUAUUCUGUCAAAACAUGUGCAUCACUAUUGUCCUAAACUAUUUCUAUGUGUUCUCUUUCUACGGCUCAUGUCUAGUGUUUGCUGGCCAACUGGAACAAAACCGUUAUCAUAGUAUAUUCUGUUGUAAAAUUCCUUCUGAGGAAUAUUUGGACAGACAGCCUUAUUGGUUUCAGACCAUAAUGAGUGAUGGACAUCCACAUUCUUCUCACCAUGAACCAGAUCCAUAUGAAAAUCACUUCAUUCAACAUUUUAUGAAGGAACACUACAAUGACUGGAUCACUAAUACAUAUGUGAAGCCUUUUGUGGUCAUAUUAUAUCUAAUUUACGCAUCAUUUUCAUUUAUGGGCUGCCUUCAAAUUAGUGGAGGGUCAAAUAUUAUUAAUCUUCUGCCUACUUACUCCCCCAGUGUUUCUUAUGCAAUUAUUCAACAAAAAUAUUUCAGCAAUUAUAGUCCUGUUAUAGGGUUCUACAUCUACGAACCUCUUGAAUAUUGGAACUCAACUGUGCAAGAAGACUUAAAGACUAUAAGCUUUGGCUUCAACACGGAGUCUUGGAUUGAACAGUAUUAUCAAUAUUUAAAGACUGGUAACAUAUCCGCCUCUAAUAAGACUGAUUUUAUCAAUGUCCUUCAAAAUGUUUUUCUGAAGAGGUCGGAAUUCCAACACUUCAAGAAUGACAUAAUUAUAUCCAGGUCAAGCGAAGAGAUGAACAUUAUUGCUUCUAGGAUGUAUCUGGUGGCCAAGACAAGUGAAAACACACAACGGGAAGUUGUUGAGCUCCUUGAGAAGUUGAGGCCUCUUUCUCUAAUACAAAGCAUUAAGUUUAUAGUGUUUAAUCCAACAUUUGUGUUUAUGGAUCACUACGGAUUGGCAGUCACUAUGCCAGUACUGAUCUCGGGCUUCAGUGUCUUGUUAGUAUUAAUUUUGACUUUUUUCUUGGUCAUUCAGCCACUGGGGAAUUUCUGGUUGAUUAUUACUGUAACUUCUAUUGAAUUGGGUGUGUUGGGAUUAAUGACGUUAUGGAAUGUUGAUAUGGAUUGUGUUUCAAUUAUGUGCCUUACAUACGCAUUGAAUUUUGCCAUAGAUCACUGUUCUCCUCUGCUUUAUACAUUUGUAUUGGCAACCGAGCACACAAGAACUCUAUGCAUACAAGAGUCACUCAAGGAGCAUGGCACAGCAAUUAUCCAGAAUGUUGUAUCAUUUCUUGUUGGGCUGGUACCCCUUCUUUUCGUGCCUUCAAACUUGACCUCCACACUGUUCAAAUGCUUGCUGCUAACUGGUAGUUGCACGUUACUGCACUGUUUUGUCAUUUUGCCUGUUUUUCUAACUUUUUUCCCACCUUCUAAAAAGCGACACAAGAAAAAAAGAAGAGCAAAGAGAAAGGAAAGAGAAGAGAUUGAAUGCAUUGAAAUUCAGGAAAAUGCAGAUCACGUGACUGCAGUUUGAGAGACUGAAAUAUUUCUUCUAAGUCGCAAAUGUGCAGGGAAAGUAGGCUACUCAACAGCUUGUGCUGGCCAAAUUUGUGAGUAAUGGGGUAUUUUUUGAAAACAUCAAGGUGCAAGUUUUUUCUACCUUUUUAUAGCAAAGGAAAAAAAAAGUAUUCGAUCCAGUUUUUUAAUGACCUAAUUUUCAUAUUAACUCCGUUUGGAUGAAAUGGUGGAUUGAGCCAGUAAUUUCCCUUAUGCAGAAUUUCAUAUCUGGCUUUAAACACUCACAGCAGACAAAUGUGUAUGGUCCAUUAAACUGCAAUAAGGGCUACAUAAAAUGUCUCUAAGAGUGGUUAGUAUGGGUUCUAGGUGCACUCUAUGCUAAUGAUAUUCUUGGUCAUAAAAUUGAGAACCAACCCAAUGCAAAACAACCCAAUUUAAAUAUACUGAGAUUA